AUGACAAACGGUCAAAAACUAAUACUAUUCGUUGUUUUUUUGAUUGUGGUUUAUAAUUAUUCAUCUCCCAAUUUUUGUUGGUAUUCUGCGAACAGUUUAAGAAUCGCAAUAGUUGUUGUAGUUUCAAAAGGAACUGAUCUAAAAAAUUAUGAAAUUGCUCUGAAUUCUUUGGAAUGUUAUGCAAGAACUCAAAAAUAUAAUUUUAUUAUUGCUAUUGAUUCUGAUUAUGAAAGUGUUUGUAAACAGAAAAAUGUGAGUUUUGAACAUGUUAUUCAAAAUUGUUUUUCUUUUUAAGAAUUUGUUCCGCCGACAUUGUAUUGUCACAAAAAUUCUACCGAAUUAUGAUGCUCUACUUUUUCUAGAUGCUGAUAUCGGAGUUGUAAACCCUACACGGUAUUAUUAAAUUUUUAUUAAAAAUCAGUGUAUUUUGUUUCUAGGAGAAUUGAAGAAUUUCUUGAAGAAGGUGUUGAUGUCACAUUUUAUGACAGAUUUUUCAAUGUUGAAAUAGCUACUGGUUCCUAUAUUUUGAGGAAUACACCGUAUGCAGUAAAUUUAAUAAAUGGAUUUGCUGAUUAUGAAUCAAAACUUCCAAAUAGUUUUCAUGGAGCUGAUAAUGGAGCUUUUCACGUAAGAGAAUUCACAAAAAUUGAACUCGAAGAUUCUAACCUUUCAGAUGUACUUAGCUCAUCAUUUAUUUCCUUAUGCAAAAACUGAACUUAAAAAUUGUCAAAAAAUUUGGAAUAAUUCCAAAAACUUUGCUGAUGUAUUUAUUUAUGAAUCUUGUAUUCGAACAAUGUUAGGAGCAUCAACAAAUUUUGGAAAAAUAAAAAUAUUUCGAAAAGCAGAAGGUUGGGUAAGAGAUGCUUGGUUGACUGGAGGAAUGUGGAGUCAAAAUGAUUUUAUGUUACAUGGAUGGAAAACUAAACAACUCAAAAAUAUUCCCAAAAAUGGUAUCAGGUUGGUUGAAUUUUCGAUUUUUUAUUUUAUGGAAAAAGUAAAUGAUUUUAAAGUUCUACAAGAAUGAAUUAUAAUCAAUGGUAUUCUCCGUUUCUUGGUCAAUUUGAUAUCUCAAAAUGCUCACCAUCAAAUUUAACUUGGAUCUAUAAUCAAAAAUUGAUAGGAAAAUCUGAACAUUUGAAAGAAAGUUUAGAAGAAUAUGAACAAAUUGUAGCUAAAGAAUUAUUUGAUAACGGGUAUCGGAAAAUGAACAUAUAAAAACUACACGCUAUACUAGCUCAAUACAAGACACGCAUAAUCAGACACACACACACUUGAAUUUGUGUGGUGGCACGACGUGAUUAGUUUUAAAAAAUUAUAUAAAGUUUAUUGAAAAAAUUAUUGUGAUGUUGAAAAAAGCACGAUAAUAUUCCGAACCUAGAAUUAAUAGUCUUCCCGUAGUUUGGUUCAGACAUUGAUAAUUUUUCUGUAGAAGAAUGAACUUUCGAACAGAAAUGUUUGCACUUUACCGGGUUGUUCAAUGCUUACAAAUGAUAACACAUAUUUGCAUGAAAAUUGAGAAAGUUUAAUACGAUUGGAGUGUUUAUAUUGAAUUCACACUUUAUAUAUAUUUUUUAAUAUUUUACUAUUGGAUUUCAAAUGUGGAAACUAAAAAUGACAAAUUCACAAAAAUUAUUACUAUUUCUAUUUUUUAUUAUAAUAUUACUAAAUUUUUUAUCCACAGAUUUUUGUUGGAAUUCAACUAAAAAUUUUAAGAAUCGCAAUAGUUGUUGUAGUUUCAAAAGGAACUGAUCCAAAAAAUUAUGAAAUUGCUUUAAAUUCUCUGGAAUGUUAUGCAAAAACUCAAAACUAUGAUUAUAUUUUAGCUAUUGAUUCUGAUUAUGAUGCCGUCUGUAAACAAAACGAUGUAAGUUUUAUGACACAUUUUUUCAAAUUGAAAAACUUUUUUAGAAACUUUUCCGCCGACAUUGUGUUGUCACAAAAAUUCUACCGAAUUAUGAUGCUCUACUUUUUCUCGAUGCUGAUAUUGGAGUCGUCAAUCCCAAACGGUAUUAUUAAAUUUUUGUUAAAAAUCAGUGUGCUCUGUUUCUAGGAGAAUCGAAGAGUUUCUUGAAGACGGCGUUGAUGUUACAUUCUAUGAUAGAUUUUUCAAUGUUGAAAUUGCUAUUGGUUCAUAUAUUUUAAGGAAUACACCAUAUGCAAUCAAUUUGAUAAAUGGAUUUGCUGAUUAUGAAUCAAAACUUCCAAAUAGUUUUCAUGGAACGGAAAAUGGUGCGAUUCAUGUGAGUGAAAAUUGUUUUUGAAUUCUAAAAUUUCAAUAAUAAUUUAAGAUGUACUUAGCUCAACAUUUAUUUCCUUAUGCAACUAUUGAACUUGAAAAUUGUCAAAAAAUUUGGAACAAUUCCAAAAACUUUGCUGAUGUAUUCAUUUAUGAAUCUUGUAUUCGAACAAUGUUGGGAGCAUCAACAAAUUUUGGAAAAAUAAAAGUAUUUCGAAAAGCAGAAGGUUGGGUAAGAGAUGCUUGGUUGACUGGAGGAAUGUGGAGUCAAAAUGAUUUUAUGUUACAUGGAUGGAAAACUAAACAACUCAAAAAUAUUCCCAAAAAUGGUAUUAGGUUGGUUGAAUUUAUAAUUAUCAAAAAAAAAAACAAAUAUAUUUGUAGUUCUUCACGAAUGAAUUACAAUCAAUGGUAUUCUCCAUUUUCUGGCCAAUUUGAUAUCUCAAAAUGUUCACCUUCAAAUUUAACUUGGAUGCACAAAUCAGAACUUGUAGGGAAAUCUGAAGAUUUGAAAGAUAGUUUGAUUACUUAUCAAAAAAUUGUAGCAAAAGAAUUAUUUGAUAACGGGUAUCGAAAAAUGAAUAUUUGA